AUGCGUUCCGUACUUAUCGCGAAAGUUUCAGCCGCCGGCUUGGGCGGGGGGCGGCGGUGGGUGGCCGUGGGUCGGGGGGGGGGGGGGGGGGCAGCGCGCUCCCCGUUGCAGUAUCGAUCGCGUCUCGCGCUCGCUGCAGCGCUGUCUUCCGCAGAUCAGUCCUUAUCGUCGGCCGGAACGAGCCUCGGCGAUGGCGCUAAAAAGCCUUUGUGGAACAUUCCAGAUGGCGGCGCACGCACGUCGCCAGCAGGCGCUGCUAUCGCGUGCGCUCACGCUUCACGGCUUAGAGCCUGUUUAUCUAGCACCGCUCCCGAGUGCAUCCGAUACGGCGACGGUGCGCAAACAUCGAAAAAUCCGAACGCGCCCCCCGAC